UCAAGAAACCAAAAAUAAUCCCCUUCAACAAUCAUGGCCUUUCAACUCAACUCCAUAGUCUCCCUUCUCGUUCUUGCCCUCGCAAUCUCAUCCGCCAUCUCUGCUCGAAUCCUCGACGAGGAGGCUGCCUCCACCGGUCCUGUCGGCACCGUACCUGGGGGUGCCGGAACCACCAUAUCCGGUGGUGCCGGAACCACUGUAGCUGGCGGAGCCGGAACCACCAUAUCCGGUGGUGCAGGAACCACUGCAGCUGGCGGGGCCGCCACCAUAAACCCAGACGAUCACUCGUUGACAUUCUUCAUGCACGACAUACUAGGGGGCAGCCACCCCUCAGCCAUAGCGGUGACAGGCAUAGUAGCCAACCCAGCUGUAGGGGGCCAAGUCCCCUUCGCCAAACCCAACGGUGCAGUCCUCCCGGUGAACAACGGCAUCCCCACAAACAACGCAAACGGUGGAAUAAUUAACAACAACAACAUCCCCUUCCUGACGGGCCUGAGCGGUUACACCUCAAACAUCGGCCAAAACAACAACGGAAACAACAACAUAAUAGGAGGAAUGCCGGGAUUCCCCGUUCUGAACAGCGCCCAGUUCCCGUCGGGCACAACGCUGCAGAAGCUCAUGUUCGGAACGAUGACCGUUUUCGACGACGAGUUGACCGAGGGUCACGAGCUUGGAUCGGGAUUGGUUGGCAAAGCGCAGGGGUUUUACAUUUCGAGCUCGGAAGAUGGAACCAGCCAGACCAUGGCUUUCACGGUCAUGUUUGCUAGCGGUGGAUAUGCUGAUAGCUUGAGCUUCUUUGGGGUUUUGAGAACUGCCGCUGGGGAGUCGCAUUUGGCGAUUAUGGGUGGGACCGGAAAGUAUGUCGGUGCGAAGGGGUUGGCUACUGCAAAGGUGUUUACGGGGGCGAACCAGCACGAGACUGAUGGGAUGGAGACUCUGCUCCAGAUUACUCUUUUUCUUGCUUACUGAUUAAUUCUUUUUUUUUUCUUUUUCUUUUUGUGAUUGUUGUAUAUGUUUGUUUGGCUUGUGUUGUUGUGCUUUGUGUUAUGAUAAGUUGAAAUUUGUUGUUCUUGUUAUAAUUUGAUUCGGAGAUUCUUCUGUUCUAGUUUCACGUUGCAUUUUG